GCAUUGACAGGCAUCACUGAUGGGCACUGAAAGGCAGCACUGAUACAUGGCACUAAUAGGUGGCACUGAUUGGCAGCACUGAUAGGUGGCACUGACUGGCACUGAUGGGUGACACUGAAAGGCAGCUCAGAUGGGCACUGAUAUGUGGCAUUGAUGUGGCACUGAUGGACACUGACAGCUGGCACUGCUGGGGCUACACUGAUCAUCAGGGCACACUGAUCAUCAGUGCCCUGAUGAUCACUGUCAGCGUGACAGCUCGAGAGGAGAGAAAUGCCGAUAACAGGCAU